AUGGCUAUGCAAUUCACAGGCCUCCAGGUAGUAUCAUGGAUACUUCUCUUGGUGGGAACGGGAAUGUUGGUCAUCGCGUUGGUCUCCGACUACUGGUCCAUUCAUCAACCGCGCAACCAAAUGGACGGUCUUCACAUGCACCGCGGUGUCCUUCGCCAAUGCAUCACCACUCGGCAUUACGGUAGUUGCAAUUUCCGUCUGUCGAGUAUGUUCAAGCAGCUUCGCAACUUCAUGGAUGGGUAUGAUAUGUAUUCCGAGCGUUCCAUGUACAGACAUUUGCCAACUCAAACAUACGAAGUUUUUGUCGCAUUGUUUCUUGCCAUCGCUUGUAUGGUUGCUGCUACAGUACUCCUAUUUGGACCUUUCUGUUGUCAGCGAUGCAAACCAUCUACCACUCUACUCAUCUUCAUCACCGGUGUAUUCUCCGGUUCCGGUUGUUUGAUCUACUGGAAUUCCAAUCGUGAAGGAAAGACAUUCACGUUGCAACAACUCCAAUUCCAAGAUGUGUACCACUAUGACUACGGAAGUGACAUGAACUCUUUGUCGUGGUCCUUCUGGAUGGCCGCCGUCAGCACCGGAAUCCUCUUGGUUUCUGCAUUCUUGCUCUGCGUUUCCUCACGUGUGGACCCGGAUGUGGAGUUCGAUGAGCCGCCAGUAACCGAAGUUUAA